AAGAAAAUGACAACCUUGGAAGAUAAAGAAUUGUGGGCCGGAGAUGAAGAUGACAUUGGACAAGAAAUUACUCGGCUAUCGCCAGAAGAGAUCAUCAACCGAACGCGCUUACUACAGAAUGACAUCAAGGUGAUGAGAUCAGAAGCUCUUCGGCUUCAGCAUGAGCAGGUCGGCAUGAAGGAAAGAAUCAAAGAAAACAAGGAAAAGAUCAAGUUGAACAAGCAAUUGCCAUAUCUGGUAGCCAAUGUAGUCGAGCUUUUGGAUGCCGAUCCUGAAGAAGAAGAAGAAGAAGAUGGUGCCAAUGUUGAUUUGGACUCUCAGAGAAAGGGAAAGUGCGCAGUUAUUAAGACAUCCACUCGUCAGACCAUUUUCUUGCCUCUCAUUGGCCUCGUAGAUCCCGAAGAAUUGAAGCCUGGAGACAUUAUUGGUGUGAACAAAGAUAGUUUUUUGAUUUUGGACACAUUACCAGCUGAAUAUGAUUCUCGGGUAAAGGCUAUGGAGGUUGACGAAAAGCCCACCGAAGAUUACAACGAUAUUGGUGGUUUGGAUAAACAGAUUGAGGAACUAGUAGAGGCUGUUGUUCUGCCAAUGACACACGCAGAUCGUUUCAAGAACAUCGGUAUCAAACCUCCUAAGGGUGUUUUGAUGUACGGUCCUCCUGGUACCGGAAAGACCUUACUUGCCAGAGCAUGUGCAGCACAGACCAAUUCUACUUACCUCAAGCUGGCUGGCCCUCAGCUUGUACAGAUGUUUAUUGGUGAUGGUGCUAAGCUCGUGCGUGAUGCAUUUGAACUUGCAAAAGAAAAGGCACCUGCGAUUAUUUUUAUUGAUGAAUUGGAUGCUAUCGGUACAAAGCGUUUCGAUUCCGAAAAGUCUGGUGAUCGUGAAGUACAGCGUACUAUGUUGGAGCUCCUGAACCAAUUGGAUGGCUUCUCAUCCGACGAACGUAUCAAGGUUAUUGCAGCCACUAACCGUAUUGAUAUUCUUGAUCCUGCUCUGCUUCGAUCUGGUCGUCUGGAUCGUAAAAUCGAAUUCCCUCUGCCAAAUGAAGAAGGAAGAGCACGUAUUAUCCAGAUCCACUCCAGAAAGAUGAAUGUCAGCAAAGAUGUUAACUUUGAAGAACUCUCGAGAUGCUGUGACGAGUUCAAUGGAGCUCAAUGCAAGGCUGUCUGUGUAGAAAGUGGUAUGCUUGCUCUGAGACGUGGUGCUGUAGAGAUUACACAUGAGGACUUUAUGGAUGCUAUCCAGGAAGUCCAGGCUAAGAAGAAGAUGACAUUACAAUACUACGCUUAAAUAAAUACUAUUCCUUUUCUGUCUGCUACGGCAGAGACAUAUAUGCCGUUU